GGGUGGUCCACUGUACAAUCAAUGGCAUAGCGGCUCCUGAAAUAUUUAUAAAGGAACGCAGAGAGCUAUGCCGGUUUUCUUCCACCUCACGCUUCAAAGGCCUACGGGCAUCACGCAAGCCGUACAGGGCAACUUCUCAGCCCCAAAAGCUCAGGAAAUUGUAGUAGUAAGGUCACAUACCAUAGAAUUGCUGUCACCGGAUGAUAGCGGUAAGCUAAGAAGCCUUUGUGUCUCCGAGGUCUUUGGAAUAGUUAGGGUGGUCUCUACGUUCAGGUUAACAGGAACACAACGUGAUUAUUUAGUUGUAUGCUCGGAUAGCGGACGGUUGGUUAUACUUGAAUAUUGCAAUGUGAGUGCUACAUUCAAAAGGGUGCAUUGCGAAACAUAUGGAAAGACUGGUAUCAGACGUAUAGUUCCAGGUCAAUACCUCGCAGUAGAUCCGAAAGGAAGAGCACUGAUAGUGGGUGCUGUAGAGAAGGAGAAGUUUGUUUACAUCUUAAAUAGAGAUAGCAAGGCGAACCUAACAAUAUCAUCACCCUUGGAAGCCCAUAAGAGCCGAUCUAUUUGCCAUGCCCUAGUCGGACUAGAUGUGGGUUUUGAAAACCCUAUUUUUGUCUCCAUUGAAGAAAGUUAUGAAGCAGUAGAUGCGGCUCAAGUGGAUGAAGAUGAGGAGGUUACCGAUGAUAUUAUUAAAAAGGGUCUCAGUUUCUGGGAGAUGGACCUUGGUCUCAAUCACGUAGUUCGAAAAAUGACAUUACCAGUGGAUAUAAGUGCCCACCAUCUGAUACCUAUACCUGGAGGAGAUGGGCCUGGAGGUGUUAUUGUAUGCUGUGAAAACUUCUUGCUGUACAGAAAGAUAGAUCACCCAGAAGUUCUAUGCGCCUAUCCUCGCAGGUUGGAAAUGGCACAGGACAAACCGCUCAUGAUGGUGUCAAGCGCUUUACAUAAAAUGCGUGAUUUCUUCUUUGUUCUGGUGCAAUCGGAAUAUGGAGAUAUAUACAAAAUAGAGCUAUUCCACGAAGAAGGAAAGGUGAACGAAAUUGUCUGUCGAUACUUUGAUACCGUACCUCUUGGGAACUCCAUUUGUAUUUUAAGGGCAGGGUAUCUGUUCGUAGCCGCUGAAUUCGGUGAUCAUCAACUGUAUCAAUUUACCGGAAUAGGUACCAAUGAAAACGACCCUCUGUGCAGCUCCAUACAUCCCCAGGGUAAAGAUGCCAUCGUAGCUUUCAAACCAAGGGUCAACCAAAACCUGCAAUUGGUUGAUGAACUCAGCUCUUUAAGUGCAAUCACCGAUCUUAAGGUGAUAGAUGUCCAAGGUCUAGGUCAACAGCAGAUAUUUUUAGGUUGUGGUAAAGGUGAACGUAGCACCCUCAGAGUAUUGAGGCACGGACUCAGCGUAGAGGAGUUAGCCGACAACGAACUGCCGGGAAGACCCAAACAAGUCUGGACAGUGCCAACUGGUGUAGACAGUAUAUAUGAUGGAUUUAUACUUGUGGGUUUUGAAGGAAACACACUAGUGCUCUCCGUAGGUGAAGCUGUUGAAGAAGUUACUGAUUCGUGCUUUUUGACUUCUAUCACAACUCUCCAUGUAAGCAUGAUGGGAGAUGGAUCGUAUAUACAAGUACACGAUGGAGGUGUGAGGCAUGUCUAUGAUAUGAAGGUACGUGAGUGGAAAACACCCACUGCCAAACGUGUCAAAGUUGCAGCAUCAAACCAACACCAAUUAGUGUUGGCACUAUCGGGAGGGGAACUAGUAUAUUUUGAGUUAGAUGAAUCGCAUACAUUAGUGGAAGUGGCUAAACGUAGUUUGAAUGUAGAAAUCACAUGUUUAAGUCUCCAACCUACUGCUAAGGGAAGACUCAUGGCAAACUUUAUGUCGGUUGGUGCGCUCGAUAAUUUGGUUAGGGUACUAUCAUUGGACAGACAGUUGAAGCAAUAUAGUACGCAACUGCUUCCUAAUAACAGCACGCCAGAAUCUGUAUGUAUAGCCGAAUUCCAAAUUGGAACGCAUCCCGUUCUGAUGUUGGUAGUUGGACUUAACACGGGUGUAAUGAUACGCGCCACCAUCGAUGCAGUUUCCGGGGCUUUGAGUGACCAAUAUACACGUUUCUUAGGGUCACGAGCUGUUAAGUUUAAGUAUAUCAAAAAUCAGGUCAUAGGAACAUCGGACCGACCCUGGCUGCUUUAUGAAUACCAAGGUGUGGUACAAUGCUUGCCGUUAAGCUACGAUACUCUUGAGAGUGUCGCUUCUUUCUCUAGUCCGUUGUGUAACGACGGAUAUGUCGCAAUAUCGGGGUCUAAUCUGCGGAUAUUCAGAUGCUGCAGAUUAGGCGAAACCUUUAGUGAACAUAGGUUACCACUUGAUUAUACGCCAAGGAAACUGGUAAUGAUGCCCAAUGAGGCCCCAAAUGUAGGAGGUCUCAACUAUAUGGUGGCGGUGGUCGAAUCUGACCAUAACGCAUAUGGUCCAGAAAAUGUUGCUGAAAUUUCAAAAGCAUUAGGUGACAUCAAAUUAGAUAAUGAAGUUGGUGAUCUGCUUCCCUUGGCCAACUACAAAGCAGGAACUGGAAGAUGGGCCUCAUGUGUGAGAAUCGUUAACCCGCUGAAUCUCACAACCGCGGCUAAGCUGCUUUUUGAAACUAAUGAAGCUGCCACAGCAGCUGCAGUGGUUGUACUAGAUGGAAUGCAAUGCCUCUGCAUAGGAACUACUGUAGGAUAUGACCUUAAAAACACUGAUGAUGUAGAAUCAUACAUCAGGGUCUAUUGCUACGGCGCCAACUUUGAGAUUCGUCUGCUUCAUGUCACACGCGUUGGUGGAGUUGUCCGCGCAUUUACAGGUUAUGAAGGUAGACUGCUCGCUUCAGUUGGAAAACGCAUCAGAUUGUACGCAUUGGGAAAGAAACAAUUGCUACUAAAAGCUGAACAUCGCACAUGCAGCGAUCAUGGAUUUAUAUGGUUAAAUGCAGUAGGAUCCAGGAUUUUUGCUGGUGACAUUCGCGAGGGUAUACAAAUCUUGCGAAUUAAAUUUUACAGUGAAGAAGCUGCUGAAUUUGAAUGGGUCGGUGGUGCGACCGGGCCCAGAUGGCUAACUUCAUGUGCUCAAUUGGAUUACUCAACCGUGAUUGCUGGUGAUAAGUUCGACUCCAUCUUUGUCACUAGGGUUCCUCAGGAAGAAUCUACUAGACAUAUACAGUUAGAAAAUGUUUGCCAAUUCCAUCUAGGUGACCUACCCACUGCCAUGGAUAAAGCCGCUUUGUCACAAUCGACCCAUGUUGUAUUGUAUGGUACCGUUAUGGGAUCCAUUGGCGCUUUGGUUCCCUUCCAGUCCAAAGAUGAACUAGAUUUUUUACAACAUCUGGAAAUGCUGAUGGCUACUGAAGCCCCUCCACUGUGCGGUCGCGAACAUAGUUUCUACCGCAGUUAUUAUGUGCCCGUGCAACAAGUAGUGGACGGUGAUUUGUGUGAACAAUUUAGGCAUCUCACCGAAGCGCAACAAAGGAAAGUUGCACAGCAGCUGGAUACAACGGUGAACAAUGUACUGCGCAAACUGGACGAUAUUAAAAACCGCAUCAUGUAGAGAUAAGCCACAAUCACAAUAUUUUCAAGAUGCAUAAACUAUCGUCUCCCAAUAAAUCCGUGUUGUAGUAUUCAGAAGUCACACCCUUUGGUGUCUAAGUAUCACUGCAACCGUUGAUUUAUGAAACGUAAAUCAUAAUAUCGA